AUCAUUCCUGAGCACCAUUCAAUUGCACACGUGGCCUUAUUCAUGGUCCGGUCAAAAUGUUCUCUCCACCACCGCACCGCCCGCCUCGCUGCUGCUCUAGGCACUGCACACGCCGCUCCUCGAGAUGUUGGCUACGACACUCGAGAGGCGGCGUCCACACCACAUAGCUAAGCAGCAAGAUGGGUGCAGACAUACGGCCAACGACAUCCAAUCAGUACCAGCCAAGAGAAAGAAAAGGGCACCACCGACACCACACUCGGGCAGCGACGCUGUCUAUCGAUCAGUCGUGGUGAUCGGCAGGGCCUUUGGUCGCGUCCCCUCCCCAUGACGGGGGGUACCACUUGGGGAAGACGCGCUUGUACAGGUACAUGCACACCUGCACACACACACACACACACACGUGUGCUUGUCUUGAUGGCUGAGUGCCUGGCACACGCACUGCGAAUCCGUACCGUGUCAGAUUGGUCGAGCCGUGAGCUGAAUCGGCACUUCAUGUAGCCGUGUGUGCCGAGGGGCUCGCUGAUGUGCCCCCGCAAGCCCUUCUUAGUGUGCAGCUCAACUGGCUUGAACCACCUGACACACACACGACCACACUCAAGUGAGGGGCUGGGCUGCCAUGGGUUGGGUAGGGUUGUGUGGCUCACUCACUUGACGUCGUCAGGAUCGAAGAACAUGUACCUCACGACGGCCUUGGUCUUGUGCACUCGGAAGGGGUAGCCCGUCAGGACGAUGCGCUUGAUGAGCAGCCGAUUGGGGUUGGCCGCCAUCACGCUGCCCCACGCACACAAACGGCUCUCACCUGACACAGACACACAGACAGACGUAUGGAUGGAUGGAUGGUCGCUCCUCUUCUGUCCGUUGCCCCAGUGACUGACCGUCUUGUGUCAUUCUGAACAUGAGUGCCGGCGAUGGCGUGAAUAUGGUGGGCGCGUAGAGGGAUGCGACGCACGUGGUGCCGGGGUGCAUGAACCGCUCGUACUUGAACUUGUCCUGGCUGUGCUUCUGCACAUGCUGGCUGAACGCCGGCCGGCCGGGGAACCUGAGUGACCGAUCCACCCCAUCCACACAAGCACAUCCCAUCCAUCUCAUCGGCCCCCCCACGUCGGUCUCUGUCUGACCUUCUGAAGCCGCAAUGAAGCUCCACAGUCUCCUUUGAAGGCAGCGGCUGCGGCCCGCCACUGCUGCUGCUGCCAUCCUUAGGUGGCUCGUUCACCGCCCCAUCGACCCGCGUGAGGGACAUGUGGAGCACGCUCACCUUCCGCUCAUAGCCGAACAGAGACGACACUAUCAGCGGGAAAUCAGACGGAUGUGACGCGAGCACCGACGCCGGCACGUUCCUCAGGUAGAUGCAGCAGUAGAGGCCGCUGAUGCCGCCACCGCCCCAGCCACCCACCAGGCUGCAGUCUGCCCUGAAGUGGCGUUUGUUGGAGCGCAUGGUGGCUUUGAUGGCCUCGAAGUCGUGGAUGCGGGAGUACUCGAUGGGCAGCUUUUCGUAGGGGUCCCACGCCGAUGUGCGGAAGCUCUUCAGCCCACGAUACUUCUGAAACCUGCAGGCAGGCAGGCAGGCAGGACUUGUGUGGUGUGUGGUGGGUGGUGGGUGAGUGGUGUGGGUGUAUGAAGUUGACCGACUCACCUGUGUCUGGCGGUCUGGUCGGCUGGCGUGUCGACCUCAUCGGGAAACAUCAUGUCCUCUCUGCUGCGUUCCUCCAUCUGAAUCUGCCUCAGCCUGGCCCGCUCGGCCUGCAUGUCCUCGUCGGUCUCCUCGGGCAUCGCCAAGCUGCUGUAGGCGUCGGAUGGAUCGUCGCCCUCAUCCCACUCAGCCUCAUGCUCGUGAUGCGCGUCAUCAUCAUGCUCGUCGGCGUGUUCUUGGUCGACAUUCUGCUCGUCGUUGUCGUCGAUCAUGUCGUCGAAUUCGCCCCCAUUUUCAUCUUCCUCGCGGACGGGGGCGCCAAUCCUGUGUGCCUUGUGGCUCUUCAUAGCCUUCUCGGCGGCAGCCAUCUCCUGAAAGCGAUGAGACGACAGACAAGCGUGUGAGUGGUGUUGGCGUGUGCCUGCGUGGAUGCUGCACCUGGUCUGUCGGCCACGUCUGCUCGCCGGCAAAGGGGUCGUACGGCCGCAGACACUUCCACUCCUCAUCGAGGCCUGAAGACAACCAGAGCGCGCCUUGCCCCCCGUCUGUCUGUCUGUCUGUCCGUCUGUAUCCCUCACUGACUCACACACCUGCCGCGAUCUCCGGCGUCAUCUGCUCGAGGAUCUCGGUGCCGCCGCCUGCUCCUGCAUCGGUAUCGACCGCCAUGCCGCCCUCCUUGUGUCGCUCUUGUCUGCGGGUGGUGCCCUGUGUGGGGCAUGGGUCGGGGAGCUUGACGAUCUUCUCCAGCUGGAAGUCCCCAUGGCCCGUCAAAUGAACCGGAUGCCUGACGAUGAUCACACACACAACACAGACAUGGCGUGACACCGGUGCCACCAGGAAGGGAAGGAAUGCAGCACGCGUCGUACGUCGUACCUGACGGUGAACCCGACUCCCCUGACGUAGCCGGCGAUGGCCAGGGUCUGUGUGGCUGCGUCGUACUCGACCUGGUUGCUCAUGAGGUAGCCCCGGUCCUCCCGGAACUUGAGCGGCUUGGGGGUGACGUUGGCCAGAUGCCGCAGCAGAUUGCGCACAUCCUGAUCACUGUCGACGUCAAACAGCUUCCUGACCACACCAAGACGCCCAUACACACAUGUCAGUCGGUUGCUCCCUCCCUCCCUCCCUCCCUCACUUGUCGUCGCCGAAUUCCGAGUGGAAGUAUCUCGUGACGAACCGCUUGUUCUCGGCCACCUUCUUGGCCGACCACAUCAGCUGCCCCACGCCACCCAUCACACCAACAGGCGGCGGCAAACCCUGCAGCCGCAACGCCGACAAAGCCUCGUACCCAUCCUCAUCGAACGCCGGUCUCUCAAGCGACCCCUGGCAGAAUGCGGCAACGAUCACGUCGGCACACUUGGCCACGUCGAGGGCGGCAUAAAGGGCGGGGGGUGGGUCGAUGAUUGUGAUGCGCUGCUUCUUGCUCUCCCCAGGGACGGUCGGCUGGGCCCACGUCGGCAGCAGGACGGUGACCGGCUUGUGGGGAGCGACAUUGUCGAGGUCAGACACCUCACACGCCUCGAGGAUGCGCCGCUUCAUCGCCAGAGCAUCGGCCGACCGGUGGAAGGGCAGCAGCAUGACGAUCUUGGGCGGAGGAGCCACAGCCGACGACGCCGCGCCCAUCCGCUUGUGCUCGAGGAUCUCCUGCCGCUUCUUCUCCCUGGCUUGCUUGGACAUGUUGAGCCGGUCUUGCUUGGAAGCGGUGGGCAUGGCCGUGCUCUUGACGGGCGUCCGCUUGGCGGUCCUGCCCUUCUUGUUGGCUGGGGUGGACGAGGAGCCCUUGAACGGCUUGUUUCGCUGCUUGAGGGAGGCACGGUGGGAGUGAUGUGACUGCUGCUGCAUGAUCAAAUCAACGAUGAAUGAUGAAAGAUCACGGACGUAUCUGCGUCCACUUCCAAGAUCCUGACGCCGGGGAACGAGGGAUUGCCUGGUAGAAGUGUCAAGCCCAUCGUUUGCAAGGGUUACAGGGUUAGGGUUUGGCUAAGCUCGCAACAGGGAGUGGAAGGACGCACCGUGCCAUUCCUGUGCUUGCUACAGGUGCCUAGCUUGUUGUGUCACGUUCUGGCGCGUUCUAUGGGGAUGGAUGGAUGGAUGGGUGGAUGGGUGGAUGGGUGGAUGGGUGGAUG